AAUUUUGAUUCAGAAAAAUUUGAUACACGAUUUUGUGCAUUUUGUAAAGGAAUAGGUGAUGGUUUGAGUCACCAAGAAGCUCGUUUGCUGUAUUGUGGACAAAACGAAUGGGUUCACGCAAAUUGUGCCCUUUGGUCUUCAGAAGUAUAUGAAGAAAUAGAUGGUUCACUACAAAAUGUUCAUAGUGCUUUAUCAAGAGGCCGCUCUAUUAGAUGCACCUAUUGUAAGUUAAAAGGGGCAAGUAUUGGAUGCUGUGCAAAAAGUUGUUAUGAAACCUUCCAUUUCUCUUGUGCCCGAACCAUGAAGUGCAAUUUUAUGCAUGAUAAGACUGUUUAUUGUCCUUCUCAUGACCUUCCAGUUAAUAGUACUGUAAUCUCAUCUUUAGCUGAUUUUGAUAUUCGACGAUCUGUGUACAUAGAAUUAGAUAAAAAGAAGAAGAAACUAGUGGAUCCUGAAAAGGUUCAUACAAUUGUGGGAUCUCUUACAAUCACUAGCUUGGGUAAAGUUAUACCUGUAUUAUCAGAUACUCCCGACGCCAUUAUUCCAACAGGGUUUGUAUGCUCACGUCUUUUUUGGUCAACAGUGGAGCCGUGGAAACUUGUACCAUAUGUUAUUAAGACGUCUGUGCUGAAUUCACAGAUAAAUAGCAUUAUUGUUGAUAAAAACUUCACUGUUAAUCAUUCGUUGCCUAAAUCUGUGGUUGAGAAAAAAUUAAAAGAGAUUUUAGUUUGGCAAAAGGAUUUAGAAAAAGAAAAAAUUGACGCAGUUGAUUUGGAAGAUGAAGAUGAACCUCAAAAUGCCACUGAUAUUCUUUCCCCUGAACUCACUGAUGCCAUAUUAGAGGAGUUGCCACGAGAUCUUUUGGACGGUAUAUCAAUGCAAGAUAUAUUUCCUAAAUUUGUGUCAUAUGAAGAAUUCGUUAAUGUGGACUUCAAAAAUCCUGAUACACAAAAUAGCAAUGAUGGUAUUAAAAUAGAUGCCAUUAAUAAUUUAAACGACUCUUUUAAAAAAAUUCCUGAAAUUGAUGAAAAAGAACAACUACAAGAUGACUUUUGCGACUUAAAGAACCGAGAACUAAAGCGUAGUAAGUCUGAAGUUUUUCCUCAACUUGGAGUAGAAAAAGUAUCGAAAUCAAGAAGUCAACAGCGAUCUUGCAGCUUAACAUGGAGUUGUAAGUUAGAUACAUCUCUUUCUCCUUUAGUAAAGAAACGUAAAAUGGUACCUCGGGACAAAAAUGUAUUUUUCCAACUGUUACAAGUAGAUGGAGCGUAUGAUUCUAGUAGCGCAAGCGAAUGUGGUUCACCACGUCGUGAAACUGAAGAUUUAUGGUCUCCAAACAUUUGUGAUGAACCUGUUAAAUGUCAAAGAUGCCAGUGUACCUACAGAACACAGGCUAGUUACAAGAGGCACCUGGAAAGUUGUGAAAUAAUAACAAGCGAUAGCGAUUCAGAAACGGUUCACGAGCAAGAUUUUAAUUCAUCUGAACAAUCAAUUCAAGCAGUAGCUGAUGCCGUUGCAUCAAUUACAGAUGUAACAACAAAUAGCGAUACUGAUGUGGAAUUAAAAGUCGGUGAAGUCUCGAGGACCUAUGGAAUGAAUUCUUAUGAAGAAUUCAGUGCUUAUCACCUAAACGAAAAUAACGAAUGUAAAACACAGUCUACAGUUGUUGCAGAUACAUCAGCAUUGCCUUCUACAUCUAAUCACGCUGAGAUACUGUAUUCAAACGUUCUUCAGCCUGCUCCAAUUCAAGAGAAGUCAGUUCAAAACUUUUAUACCGUUCCAACUCAAAAUUUUAAUCAAGUUGUCUCUACACCUCAGACCCAAACUGUUACUCUGACCCAAAGUUCAAGUCCGUCAUUUUUCGAUGGGCAUCAAACUGUAUCUAUUAAUAGUAACCAUAAUUCCAGUAUCACACAGGCCAGUGCAAUUCCCCUAAAUCAAAUCACUACUGUACCUUUGACCACUCAAACUACACCAAUUUGUAUUAAUCAACCUAGUACUGUUCCACUUUGUCUGAACCAGACUACAAAUACCGCCGGUUCUAUUUCAGUUGUUCAGUCUUCACCCAUUGCUGUAAAUCAUCCUACACCAAUAACUUUAAAUCAACCUGGUGUAAUAUCUAUUGGACAACAAUCAAUUCCUCUAAGCAGCAAUCCAAGUUCUAUCCAAAUCAAUCCACCCAUUGAAAUUCAGUCCCAGCAAGUCACAAUUCAGUCUGUGCCAGUGAAUCAAGAAGUAAAUCAGGUACUCAAUAUUCCCCAACAAAAUCCAAUAACCAUUGACACAAAGAUGCUAGCUACACCCUCUGUAGUCAAUCCUGGAAUUGUACCUGGCCAGUGGAUGAAGUCAAUACCUAAACCAGUUCCAGUUCCAAAACCUAUUAGAGCAAAGUGUCGUCCAAGAACGUUAGCAGCUAAAAGAACUAAAAUAGCACCUGGCAGUACAAUAGUUCUUCCUCAAACCAGCUCUGGACCACAAGUAAUAGUGCAGCACAUUGCAUCUCCUAAUAUGAUGCCCGCAUUUUUAGAAACUUUUCAACACCAGACAGGACAAAAUCUACAGUAUGUAGCAACCAUUAGCCCUCAAAUUACUCAGGCUGUUAAUUCACAACCACAGAUAGUUCAGUUACAGCCUGACAAUAACAUUGUAGGUUUAGUGCCUGGUCUGCAACAACCUACCAUGAUAAUUCAACAACCAAGAGUCGUUACAGAUCAACUUAUUAUUGAUCAAAACGGUUCAGUUAUGUGGGCAUCUCAACCAGUUCAGCCGGUCUAUUAUGGGUUUGAAACUAUUGUACAGAAUACCGUUAUGCAAUCUCAACAGUUCCUUCCAACUACAGUACCUGGUAUUUUAACAGCAAAUAGCAGUUAUUCAUCAACAACCCAAGUGUUUCAAACUAGUAAAUUAGAGCCGCUAUUGGACGUAUCUUCUGGGAGCUUUGUGGUGCUAAAUCCAAAUACGGUAAUUAAUAAUGGACAAUCUUUGCCAGUAGCACAAAUACCUCAAGCACCUCCUCCACAACCAAUUCAGAAUAAUAUGCAAAGCCAACAAGUGUCAGUUCGGCCGCCUGUUCCUCCAGAAAUCAAGAUCAAUAUUGCAAAACCUGUUGAAGUUACUACCCCAGCUAUACCAGUUACUACUCUCAAAUCAGCGGUUACAACAACUACAACUACAAUAACUACCGCAGCAAACGCACAUUCUACAUCCAGUAAUACCUACAACAGCAUCACAUUGCCUGUUGCACCUUUUGUGCCCGAGCAAAGAAUUCCUACAAAUAUUGUUACACCUACUCCUAAAGUUUCUACAUCCAAUCAAAAUCGACCCAUGAGUAGAGUUCUUCCAAUGCAGACCACGUCGGUUCGUGACACAAAAAAGAUUGCAAACAUGGCAGACAAACCCCACGAAAUUAUUAUAAAAACUGAACAACCUACUAAUAUUUCGGAGGAAAUAUUGAAAGCAAAGAAAAGUAUAAUUGUAGAAGAGGAAUUAAUAAAACCAAAAACAAAAGAAAUCAUGAUUCAAACGGUGGAGGCUCUAAAUAAAAACCAAGGGAUUCCCUUAUCUAUAAAAUCUACUCUUGAAAAAUCAAAAGAAGAACCGCAGCAGAGAAAAGUAACCGAAAGUACCAAUCAGAAGAAUUAUUCGGUUCAAAUUAUUUCUCUUAAGGCAGUGAAACCGAAAGCAGCAUCACAAUCUCCAUCCAUAUCCUUAUCAACAUCAGUAUCACCAACUAAAACAAUUACUGCUUUCGCUGAGACACCGUUUACGUCGGCAAAAGAAAUUCAUGAUCCCGGUAUGCCUAAAAACAAUGUUAAUAAACAGCCAGCAGUUAAGUCUGAACCAAAAGUGCACAAUGAGAAAGUAGAAAGUAGUUCUAAUCCAGGAAUAUUAUAUACUGUAGAAACUAGAGAUGGUUUUCGUUAUUCUUCCAACUCGGUUUCUGAUCUUUGGUCGAAAGUUUUUGAAGCGGUUCAAGCUGCCAGAAUCGCUCAUAAUAUGGCUCCUUUGCCAUCGAAUGGAUUAAACCUGAUAAACAAUUUACAAUUGCUUGGUUUAAAAGCAAACAGCUUACGCUAUCUUUUAGAACAACUUCCUGGGGCAUCAAAAUGUGUAAAAUAUAAACCUAAUUUUAAUUUUAAUACAGCUCAUAGUUCUGUCGAUGAUGAUAUACUCAUAGGACAAUCUUAUGGGGCUAUUAGAUGUGCUCCUUACAAUAAAAGGCACGAAACAAAUGAUAUGUUUGGAUGGUUAGCAUCGAAACAUAGAAAAUUAGAAGACCACACUACACUAAACGAGAUUCAGCCUAGGAGAAGUUCGGUCACGAAUCUUCCCAUGGCAAUGAGAUUCAGGCAGCUUCGACUAUCUUCAAAAAUCUCUGUUGGCGUCUAUAGAUCAAGUAUACACCGAAGAGGACUUUUUUGCUUAAGAGACAUCGAAAGUGGAGAGAUGGUUAUUGAAUAUGCGGGAGAGGUAAUUAGAUCUGUGCUUACUGAUAAGAGAGAAAAACAUUACAACUCAAAGGGGAUUGGAUGCUACAUGUUCAGGAUCGAUGAUAACUUGGUUGUUGAUGCAACCAUGAAAGGAAAUGCUGCCAGAUUUAUAAACCACUCAUGUGAUCCUAAUUGUUAUUCCAAAGUGGUAGAAAUAUUAGGCCACAAGCACAUAAUUAUUUUUGCUCUCAGGAAAAUAUUUUGUGGCGAAGAAUUAACUUAUGAUUAUAAAUUUCCUUUCGAAGAAGAUAAAAUACCCUGUACAUGUGGCGCACGUAGGUGCCGUAAAUUUCUUAACUGAUACUGUAGAAUUAUCCCCGUUUUGUAUUUGUUUGUAUGUAUAUUGAUUCACGAAAUUUUUUAUAUUGUAUAUAACGAACUUGUAGCACAUAUUGUAGUCAAAACCAAUGGAAUACUAGAAGGAAAUGCAUUAAUUAUAGCGCGUAAGUUUUGUAUAAUAACAGUAUUCGGGAAAAAAAAUUGUCAAUUUGGCUGUGAGAAACGCAUUUGUGCCAUUGGCUCAAUAGGUGCUACACCGUGUAAAAAUAUAAAAUUUUAAUAUAAAACUUCUUGUGAUACUUUUAAUGUUAUAAUUUUGCUAGUUUUUUAAAUAA